UGGCGAUUAAACAUAGAAAUCCAUGUGCAAUUUGUUUUUCUGGUGUAAGAGAAAUCAAAUUAAUAAUGGGGGUUGUUGCUUUUGGAACGAUGAUCUUCGGGCAGAAGUUCCAUUCUUGGUCGGUCCCUCCGUAUGAAAUGCCUCAGUCAGCUCUUUCUCCCCAGCCAUCUACGCUCUUUUCUUCGCUCAUGUGCACAUCAGUCUUCUCUCUCUGCUGGGAAGCAGCUCCAUGCGGUCAUACUCACCGCUAGCCUACCAGCAUCACACAAUUCCUUCCUUCCGAAUGCCCUUCUUCACCUUUACUCGUCCUGUGGAGUUGUUAGUUAUGCCCGCCACUUGUUCUUCCAAAUCCCCUCAUCACACAAAGACUUAGCAGAUUGGACCUCUUUCUUGAAUUGUCUUUCAAAGCAUAAGAACGAUCCUUGUGAAGCUUAUUGGUUGUUCAAUGAAUUGAGGAGAAGGGGUAUUCUUGUUGAUGAUGUUGUGCUGCUUUCCAUGCUCGGUUUGUGCGCUAGAGUGGGAAAUUUGGAGAUGGGAACUCAACUGCAUGGUUGUGUGAUGAAGAUGGGUUUCAAGUAUAGUCUUAAGGCGUGCAAUGCGAUAAUGAAUAUGUAUGUGAAAUGUGGGUUACUAUCCAAAGUAAGAGGUGUUUUCAGUGAAAUGAAGGAACAGAAUGUUGUGUCGUGGAGUAUACUUUUGGAAGGUGUGGUGAAGUUGGAAGGGCCAGAUAAGGCCAGGGAGUUGUUUGAUAAAAUGCCUGAGAGGAAUGAGGUUGCUUGGACUUUAAUGAUUGCAGGUUAUGUUGGGAGUGGAUUGAUCAAGGAAGGGUGUUUACUUUUGAAUGAAAUGGUUUUGCAGUCAGGCCUCAGGUUGAAUCAUGUUUCCCUUUGUUCUAUUUUAUCAGCUUCCGCACAAUCUGGUGAUGUAGCGUUUGGGAGAUUGGUUCAUGUUCUUGCUUUGAAGGAAGUGGGGUUGGACAUCAUGGUUGGGACAGCUCUGGUUGAUAUGUAUGCCAAAUGUGGUCGAAUAAACGUAGCAGUUAGAGUUUUUGAGUAUUUGCCCAGGAGGAACGUAGUGACAUGGAAUGCUAUGCUUGGUGGGCUAGCAAUGCAUGGAAAGGGCAAAGCUGUGUUGCAUAUGUUCUCUAAGAUGUUUGAAGAAGCUAAUCCUGAUGAUUUAACCUUUAUAGCUGUGCUAAGUGCUUGUAGUCAUGCUGGUCUGGUUGAUCAAGGUUGGGAGUAUUUUCAUAAUCUGGAACCAGUGUAUGGAAUAACACCCAAAAUAGAUCAUUAUGCUUGUAUGGUUGAUCUGCUUGGACGAGCUGGUCGCUUAGAGGAAGCUGAAAGAUUAAUACAUAAUAUGCCAAUGCCUCCCAAUGAGGUGGUUCUAGGAUCAUUAUUGGGUUCUUGCAGCCUUCAUGGAAAGUUACAGAUUGGUGAGAGGAUUUUACAUGAUCUGGUUCAGAUGGAUCCUCAGAACACUGAAUAUCACAUACUACUUUCAAAUAUAUAUGCUUCAUCAGGAAACCGGAAGCAGGCAAACUCCCUGCGGGAUGCUCUGUAUCGUAGGGGGAUUAGAAAGGUUCCUGGAAUGAGUUCCAUUCAUAUAGGAUGCCGUGUUCAUCAGUUCACUGCUGGUGAUAAGUCACACCCUCGAACUCCAGAGAUCUAUCAUACCCUAGAUGAUAUGAUAAUUAGGUUAAAGCUAGCUGGUUAUGUCCCACAUACUGCCUCCCAGAUUUCUGCGGGGGCUGAUGGUGGGUAUAGUGGAGAUGAGGAGGAGAAGGAGCAGGCAUUGCUAUCACACAGUGAGAAGCUUGCCUUUUGUUUUGGGCUUAUAAGCACGAGUCCUGGUACAUCCUUGUAUAUAUUCAAAAAUCUACGUAUGUGUCAUGAUUGCCAUUCUGCGAUCAAGAUUGCUUCAGAUGUAUACCAACGAGAAAUUACUGUCAGAGACCGCAACCGAUUCCAUUAUUUUAAACAAGGCUCAUGUUCUUGCUCUGAUUAUUGGUGAUCUCGGUUGCAAACUGGGAUGCUUGUAAUUGAAGAAACUGACUUGGGAUAGAGACGGAUGAGUGCCAAUUUGGUUUACUAAGCUAUUUGCAAGGAGAUUGUUUUGGAAUAAAUAUGAUAUGUGCAU